GGUUAUGCCUUGAAUGCCAAAGUUUUCUGUUUUUAACCCAAAGAAUAUCGGUGAUUUUUGUCCACUGCCGGGAGAAGGGGGAGCCCAGCGCUCUCGCCAUGCAGCAGAGCCCUCGUCUAUAAGCAGGCCCGGCCGGUGAGAUGCCGACCCCCUCCGCUCGGUGAACGUUCUAUCCUAUGGAUAUCGGGCUUGAGAUCUGAGACUGCAGAGCAGCGCCGUCCGCACCGGCCCGGCAGCCGCGGCCUCUCAAUGCCCGGAUUCUUCUGGGACUGCUGUCCUUCCCUGGAGAUCAGAGCGGUCCUGUGUGCCAUGGGCUGUAUUCAGAGCAUCGGAGGCAAAGCCAGAGUCUUCCGGGAAGGGAUCACGGUGAUUGACGUGAAAGCCUCCAUCGACCCCAUCCCCACCAGCAUCGACGAGUCCUCCAGCGUGGUGCUCCGCUACCGGACGCCCCACUUCCGGGCCUCGGCCCAGGUGGUCAUGCCGCCCAUCCCCAAGAAGGAGACCUGGAUAGUGGGCUGGAUCCAGGCGUGCAGCCACAUGGAGUUCUACAACCAGUACGGGGAGCAGGGCAUAUACCUGUCUAGCAUGAGAGCCUUGGGCUGUGAGAACUCUGGGGGUCUUUCUGGCCAAAAUGUGCUGACAUCUGAUGUCACAGACUUACGAGAGGCUGGUGGGACAGGGCAGGCAGCGAGGCUUGCUCUGCGCCAGCACAUCUGGGGCCGGGCAGUGGAGGAAUUCCCUGGUGACCACGUGGCCUCUUCCUGCAGCCGGGGCCUGAGCUUCAGGCUCCACUCAGAACAAUUGAGGACAAGGCUUCCUCUCUGUGACCGGAAGGUGGCCUCCCCCAUCUGCCAGGCCCUGGCGGAGGCCAGAGUCGG